AUGGCCAGGACGUCUAUCUUGAGCCUGCGCGAGGGCAACUCGAAUGAAGUCACGGCCGGAAAAGUUUUACAACAGCGUCGCGUCCAGCUCACGAACAGCCUAUCGCCGCUUGAAAAGGUCUCAGAGGCUCGCGAAUGGCUCAGUCAGGAGUUACGGGAGAGCGUCAUUGUGCUGAGUGCAAGUAAUUCUAGCUCGAUGAGCAGCGGGGCCUGGGAUCCUCGAAGUGAUAACCACAUCGUCAUCGCGGCCAUCGCAGGAGAGGAGAAACGACGACAAGAACAGCUCGUUGCUGCAGGACACACCCCGAAAAGCCAAAGAGAUAGCCAGCCAGAUGAUAGUACUGACAGGGUCCCCGACAGGAGCAAGACUACCAAGAGGUCUCCAGUCCAGAUUACGCCUUCGAGAAACGGUUCACAAGCGCCCCUGUCCCCAUUCUCUGAAUAUGUUGCCAUUCAAGUUGGCGAACGUCUCUUCCAGACGACUCGCACAACGCUCCGAAAGUCACCUCUCCUCCGCAACCUCAUCUCGCAGCAUGUCGCUUCGCGUACAAAUCCCCUAUUCCUCGAUACCGACCCUGCUACAUUCGCCGACCUACUCGCCUACUUCCGCACAGCCCUAUACCCGCUCUUCUGGUCUGCCUCAGCAGGCCACAAUCUUCCACGCUAUGCAUCUCUGCACGCCGCAGCUCGUUAUUUCCGCGUCAGGGAUCUCGAGUCGUGGCUAGCGCGCAAGGCUUACCUCUCUGUCGUAACUGUCGACGUCCGCCUCCGCAAGGCUGAGGCGCUCGGCCGCCAGCCCUUUCACAGGCAGCAUAUCCUCCAGGGCCACCAGACUCUCACCGUCAGGGCGGCAGUUGCGGGCCGCGAGGUUGUGUGGACGUGCCCCGCUGGGAACGGUGAGCAUGAUGGAGACUCCCUCAUGUGCGAGGUUGAGGGCUGCUGUGGGAGCAUGAUGACGAACAGUGCCAAAGAUCGCCCUGAGCAGAGGGUUCUGAUGGAUGUGGUGAAGAUCAUCACGGAAGAGAGAACGUAUAGUGUGGACGAGAAGAUGCUGUGGUCUUGGGAGGACGAAGGUGAACGAGGGCAGUAA